AAAGAUGCUGCUCCGCGGGUGGGUGUAGACGCAGCAGGCGCGCCCGUGCCCGCUCUGGUCCGCGCGCCUCACCUGCCUCCGGCGCCCCUCUGGCUGCGGAAGAGCGGGGCUCAGGCCCCAGCCCGCGUGCCAGCCCCCGCGGUCCGAGAAGAGUCGGCGGCGCUCGCAGCACUCAGGUCGCCAGGCUCUAGUCCCGGCUCACCAUGCAUUGCCACGCGGAACUGAGACUGAGCUCACCCGGCCAGCUCAAAGCAGCCAGGCGGCGCUACAAGACUUUCAUGAUCGAUGAGAUCCUCUCCAAGGAGACCUGCGACUACUUUGAGAAACUUUCCCUCUACUCUGUGUGCCCGUCGCUGGUGGUGCGACCCAAGCCUCUGCAUUCUUGUACUGGCUCUCCUUCCUUAAGGGCGUAUCCCCUCCUCUCUGUGAUCACCCGACAACCCACAGUCAUCUCCCAUCUGGUUCCCACCGGCCCAGGAAUCACCCCAGUGUUAUCGCGCCAUGCAGUCGCCACCGAGGCUGCCACCACCGAGCCCCCUGGUGGUGAGGCAUUAGCCAGCAGCGAGUCCGAGACAGAACAACCCACACAGCGGCAGAAGAAACCACGCAGGAGUCGCACCAUCUUCACGGAGCUGCAGCUCAUGGGCCUGGAGAAGAAAUUUCAGAAACAGAAAUACCUGUCUACUCCGGACAGGUUGGACUUGGCCCAGUCUCUGGGACUCACUCAGCUGCAAGUGAAGACUUGGUAUCAGAACCGCAGGAUGAAAUGGAAGAAGAUGGUUCUUAAAGGUGGACAAGAAGCACCCACAAAACCUAAGGGGCGUCCCAAGAAGAACUCUAUUCCCACAUCAGAGGAGAUUGAGGCUGAAGAGAAGAUGAACAGCCAGGCCCAGAGCCAAGAGCACCUGGAGUCCUUGCAGGGACACAAGGAGCCCUGUGAUACCCAGGAGCCCAAAGCAUGCCAUGUCCCCCUAGAGGUAGCAGAAGCGCCGCCUCACCAGCCCCAGGAGUUGCCAGAAGCUUCUUCUGAACCCCCACCAUUAAGCUAAGCUGAAGUUCUUUGGGGGAAGGGGGAUACUGGGGAAAAGGGAAGAGAGAGAAGGCAAGGAGACUCAGGAUAGAAGACUGCUAAAGCCUAGUCCCGUGGGUGAAGGAGCGCCAUUUGGCCACCUCCUCCCAGUGGCAUUUUCAUCUUGAGCAUUUGAUGAAGACUUGUUUUCCUUGGGUCUUGCCCUUCUUGCAAGGCUGUGUUAGCCACAGAUACCCCUGAGCAAGGGGCUAGCACCUUGGAGCUGUUUGCCCAGGCUGGGGCGAAGGCUGUGGGGUUGAGUACAGCAGCCUGUCAGUAUGACAAGCUGGGCUGGCCUGCAGAGAGGGCUGCUCUUCUCCCUCCCCGCUUCCCUCUGGGUAGCCGGUCAGCGGCGCAGAGAGAGGUAGGUGGGAGCGCUUGGGAAGCCCGGCCAGGCUCCUUGCUAACUCAGCGCUUAUUUCUGUAGUUUUAAGAGAAUGGAAUGUUUUGGGGUUCUUUUUGGAGGGUGGGGUAGGGAAGACUGUUGAAGGCAGGCAAAGAAAGAAAAGAAAAAGAAAAAAAAAGGAGUUGGAGGGAGUUGCAAGUUACUAGGGGCAUCUCUGAGUCCUGCUUGCCUGUUUGGAGACACGUGUGCCUUUGUACCUUUAUAAGAUGGUCAGGUGAUAAAACCCUUACGAGCCUUGGUUUUCCUGCCUCAUUAAGUUGC